AGCAAGCAGAAAUUUCACUUAUAGAAAUUCAUUUUCUCUCCAAAAAACUCAGCGGGGCGCGUUCCACUGUUCGUUGGCAGGCAGAGGAUUUGGUGAGGGAAAUGGCCGAGGGAGAUGACAACAUGCCUAGGGAUGCAAAGAUCGUAAAGUCACUGCUGAAAUCCAUGGGUGUCGAAGACUAUGAAACUGGAGUAUUACAUCAGUUCUUGGAGCUGUGGUACCGGUAUGUUGUUGACGUAUUAACAGAUGCACAGGUUUACUCAGAGCAUGCUAGCAAGUCUACUAUUGAUUGUGAAGAUAUCAAGCUUGCUAUUCAGUCAAAGGUCAAUUUUAGCUUCUCUCAACCCCCACCAAGAGAGGUCCUACUAGAGUUGUCUAGAAGCAGGAACAGAAUACCAUUGCCGAAGGUAAUAGCAUCACCCGGCAUCGCACUCCCACCUGAGCAGGACGCAUUACUUGGUCCUAACUACCAACUGUUGAUCCCAAAGAGAUCUGCUCUGGCAAUGGAAGAAACAGAGGAUGAAGAAACUGCUGAUCCCAGCACAUCCCAGCAACAACGAACGGAUUUGCCACAACAAACGCCUCAAAGGGUUGCAUUUCCUCUUCUUAAACGCCCAAAGCGCGAGAUGUUCUAGUCUUCAAGACAUAUAACUGACACCCAGUAAUGUAAAGAAAUUGUGCUUAAGGUGCAUCAGCCGUAAAUAAGAGGAAAGCAAGUCUGAUGAUUUCUGUACUAAUAUGCUGAUUAAUCGAAUUGUUGUAAUGAUUUGCUUACUCAUAUUCAGUCCUUGUAAACUCUUAUAGUAUGUUCAGUGCUUAAUUCUAUUAUUAUAAAGGAUUUAACCUGUGAGUUGUAGAAA